CGAAAUUUACGAGAACCGUGCAGUUCACUUCUGCUCAACUACUACGGAGGCGUUGAAGAACAGCUCCAACCCGGUCUGAGCUUGAGGGUCGUCUCUUCGACAUGGUGUUGUUUCCAAGUUUUUCGAGCGAGCAAAAGGAGUCGUGCUAAUUAGUCUCUCUUUCUAAUAAAUUAUCUGGACGCUUCCCUUCUCUAUCUACUGUGCUCAGAAUCUCGGGCUCUCUUCUUCCUCGGUUCACCGUGUGGCUUAUCAAAUCCCUACUUUGACCCCGGUCUUCUCUCGUAAAUGCAAUUCUGUAGAUUCGUACCGCCUUGGGUUUGUUACAUCUUCGCGCGCAUGGGAAGUUGUCUUGGAUGCUGUACUAAGCCCCCAUUAGUUAUAGCUGUUGAUGAGCCAUCAAAGGGGUUGAGAAUUCAGGGUCGUGCAGUGAAGAAACAUAGCAUUUCAGAAGAUUUCUGGAGCACUAGCACAUGUGAUAUGGAAAAUAGUGCAGUCCAGUCCCAAAGAAGCAUUUCAUCGAUGAGCGCAUCCAACCCAACCUUUGAUCAUCAUGGUAAUGGUGCCAGUACAAGCAACCCUCCUGAAUUUGCAAAUCAUGGUCUCCAUCUCUGGAAUCAGACAAGGCAACAGUGGAUUGGAAACAAAAGGCUGCAAAAUCAGAAACAAGUUCAAGAACCCAGAUUAAGUUGGAAUGCAACUUAUGAGAGUCUGCUUGGGACCAGCAAGCAUUUUCCGCAGCGCAUUCCUCUCCCUGAAAUGGUGGAUUUUCUCGUUGAUGUUUGGGAGCAGGAGGGAUUGUAUGACUGACCAAUCAAGGGGGAGUGUAACAUGUAUAUCUCGCUUUGGCCCUGAAAAAAAUGAUUAGAGCAGUCUGUUUGUGUUAUCAACUUUAAUAUUCUUGUGUUUUGAUUUGUCUGAUUGGUUUCUUUCUCCGAGUCUUUGACCCACCAGAGAAUGUAUUUUCUGCAGACUCUUCGCCCAUCAUUGUUAAUUUUAUUUGGAAUUCCAAUUCCAAUACAGGGACGAGCACGAGCACAAGGUAACAUUACCCUGCAUGCUUCGAUUCUUUAAUCGUCCAAAACUCCUGGACGGCCUAAUACUAAAUGUUGCAUUUGUUGUUGAGUAGCAA